AUGACGAAUAGGUUGAAACCUCUUAUGAAUUCCAUCAUCUCAGAGGAGCAGAGGACGGGCUUUGUCCCUGGCUGUUCAAUUCUGGAUGGGUCUAUAUUUCGUAAGGCACUCAGACUUAACUCCACAUACAGUGGCAGACCAGAUCUGACGCAGGCAUUUGGAUUCAGUAGACAAUGGAUUAAUUGGAUUUAUGAAUGCUUAUCAACACCAAGAUUUGCUAUUCUUGUCAAUGGUAAACCGGAAGGUUUUUUCUCAUCCUCAAAGGGCAUUCGUCAAGGAGAUCCAAUUUCCCCUUUCCUCUUUAUUAUUAUGGCAGAAGCAUUGGGAAGAGCUAUAAAGUCAAGGCAUGCCAGCAAGUUUUUGGAAGGAAUCAAGAUAACUACCAACUUUGUUGCCACGUACCAGCAAUUCGCUGAUAACAACCUUCUACUUGGCACAGAAAGAUCUAAGGAAGCAGCCCAGUUUUAG